UUCCGCUGAUCUGUAACGGGUGACGUUGGACAACAAAGAUGGCAGGAGGAAACAGCAAUUAUUGGGAAGAUCUGCGGAAGCAGGCACGACAGUUGGAGAACGAGUUGGACUUAAAACUGGUCUCCUUCAGCAAGCUGUGCACCAGCUACAGUGGCUCCCGUGAUGGUCGUCAUGGAGAUAGCUCUGACACCACUCCUCUCCUCAAUAACUCCACCCAGGACAGAAUGUUCGAGACCAUGGCAGUAGAGAUCGAGCAGCUCCUAACGAAGCUCACGGGCGUGAAUGACAAGAUGGCAGAGUAUUCCAGUACGCCGGGAGUGACGUCCCUCAACGCGGCACUCAUGCAUACUUUACAAAGACACAGAGACAUUCUGCAGGACUACACCCAUGAGUUUCACAAAACUAAAGCCAACUUCUUGGCUGUCAGAGAGAGAGAGGAUCUUCUGGGAUCGGUCAGGAAAGACAUCGAGGCAUAUAAGAGCAGCUCAGGGGUGAACAACAGGAGGACAGAGCUCUUCCUCAAGGAGCAUGAACAUCUGAGAAAUUCGGACCGACUAAUCGAGGACACAAUAAGCAUCGCCAUGGCAACCAAGGAGAACAUGACCUCUCAGCGGGGGAUGCUGAAGUCCAUACAGAGCCGGGUCAACACCUUGGCCAACCGCUUCCCAGCCAUUAACAACCUCAUCCAGAGAAUCAACCUGAGAAAGAGGCGGGACUCUCUAAUUCUAGGCGGAGUCAUUGGCAUCUGCACCAUUCUCCUGCUCCUGUACGCAUUCCACUGAUUGGGGAGGAUCCCAGCUGACCUAUCGGUGUUGGGGGCAGGGCGUUCUGAGAGUUAAGGGGAGGAGCCUGAGAAUGAGGAGGACCAUUGAGAAAGGGUUACUGUGAAGACACCAUAAGACCUAAUCAGACAGCAGAUCUGGGGUCUCUUUGGACUACCCAAAUGGGAGGGGGUGAGGGGAUUGUGGGGGAUGGAAGGGACUGGAACAGAGGGGGCUUGUUAUGCCUGGUUUUAUUUUUUUUUUGUACUGCGUAGAGAAACGGUGUCAGUCUGGGAGCACUUACAAUGAUCCAGGAGGAAAUUCACUGUUUAUUGAUCCAAAUCCAUGGUGAAGAGAUUUUACUGGGAUCUUCCUUUUGUUGGGGAUUUUGAGGAAUGCUCACAUUGGGAUGU